AUCUUCUCCAAGCCCAACGAAUCCCUGUCCAGAAGGUACUUGCCGGGUGGGUGCUCAGGUGUGUAUCCCACCUUGUACAAGUUGCUUCUUUGACCACAUGUGUCGGUCCCCCUCAACCAGACCAUCACCUCUCCCGCAGCUGGCAGUGCUCCUGUGGUUGGACAACACCACACCACUACCAGUACCACCGCCACCACCACCACCACUACAUGCAUCAGCAGCAGCAUAAUCUGUUUUCCUCUUUCUGACGCUGUCGAUAACAGGGAGCAAGCCAGGCCAGGGCAGGCCAAGCUAGGGACGAUCAGCGGGAACGGGAGCAGCAACAAGCAUCAGCCAUGAUAAGCAACCUCUGCUAGCAGCCUGCCGCACGUCCAGAUGACCCACGCCCUGCGGUGCCGUCAUCCAGGCCCUCCUGACCCUUCCUUCACUUAGACUCCGCCUGCACCAUAAACCAUCCAGACACGCAAACAACCACACGCCUAGCACCAUCUUUCCCAGGACGACUUUCCCAGACACUCCCCCAAAGCCGGACGGAGAGACGGACGGAGAGAGACGGACGGACGGACGGACGGGCAGGCAGACCAACUGAGGAACAGCUCCGGAGACCCUGUUCUAGCAGCCAAACGACGCUCACCUGAACCAACACCCACCACCUACCUGCUUUAGGCCCCGACAUCCCAUCACCCACCUCCUUCGUUUCCGCCCCGUCAGCGGACGUACGCAGCGGGAGAUAGAGACUCCUGCAGAAGACGCCGUGGCGGAACGAAGCCCUCGUUCAACCGCCCCCAUAUCCACCCCAUCCAGCGCCGAAACCCCAUCAACCACGACCCGCCCUCCAUCUCCUCACAGCACUGACAUCUCUACCUCACCCUCGACCCGAGCUGCGGCCUCCCAGCGCCACACCACCGACCCAGCCGUGAACACCCCCAGCCCAGACCCGACGAGGCACAGAGCUCGUGGCUCGACCGCAGACACCGCCGCCCGCCAGGUGCUCGGCCGGAGACGACGGGCCGAAGCCGACGACGGCUCCGCCCAGCCCCCCGAAGGGGCCUCGAGCUCCCCCGCCACGCACACCACCUCGAGCGACUCGCGGGCGUCCAAGCGUACGCGCACAGGCAGCAUGUCAGCCGACGGCGAUGGAGAGGCAAGUUCAAACGGGACAACCAGGGCGGUCACCACCGAACCUCGGGCACCACAACGAUCCUUCCCUGUGCCCUCGACUAAUGGAACACACAAGGCUGCUAGUUCUUCGGUAAAUGGUUCUUCGGUGCAAAAUGGGAAGGCCGCGGCCCGGGACCCCCCUCGCGACUACAUCGGCCAUGACCGGGAGGAGGUCACGCGCCUCAUGAUCCAGGCCCUCUCCGAGAUGGGCUACCAGUCCGCUGCCGAGAAUCUCAGCAGGGAGAGCGGCUACGAGCUCGAGAGCCCGACGGUCGCCGCCUUCAGGGCGUCGGUGCUGAGCGGGAAGUGGACCGAGGCAGAGCAGCUGCUGUUUGGCGCCGCGGCUGCUGGCGACGGUGCGAACCGGGCCGGGAACGGCCUGGUAUUAGCAGAGGGGGUUGACCGUGACGAUAUGAGGUUCCGCAUACGCCAACAAAAGUUCCUCGAGCUACUCGAGCAAGGGGACUACAGGCCCGCCCUGACGGUACUACGCAAUGAACUGACACCUCUGAAUCGCAACGGCGCCGAGUCGCUUUCGCCUCUUAUCAUGUGCAGAACACCAGAAGACGUCAAAACCAAGGCGGCUUGGGACGGAGCGCAUGGUGAAUCCAGGCACAACCUGCUGUCCCAACUAUCCAGAUGCAUAUCACCAUCAGUCAUGUUACCAGAACACCGGUUGGCAGUGCUGUUGCAGCAAUUCAAGGACCAACAAGCCGAAAGCUGUAUAUGGCACACAAGCUCAUCCUCGCCAUCUCUGUACUCGGACCAUACGUGCGACCCCAGCCGCUUUCCCACCGAAGUCCUCAUCGAACUCGUCGAGGCUCACGUGCAGAAGAAAGAGAUCUGGCAGGUGCGCUUUUCCCACAAUGGCAAGUUCCUGGCAGGUUGUGGCAGUGCUGGCACGGUUUAUAUCUGGAACACGGAAACACUUCAACUGGCUCUCGCCUUGACCGACCUGGGUGGUGCUGGCGUCGGCAACAUAGCGUGGAGCCCGGACGACACCAAGAUUGUGACAUGUGGCCGGGACGGUUAUGCUCGGAUAUGGGACAUGACCAAUGGACAGGAGCUACAGCGACUCGAGCGAUUCUCAGAGCCUAUCAGCAGCUGCGUUUGGGCCCCUGAUGGCCGCUCCUUUGUACUUGGUGCGUUCGACAGAGAGCGGUCCCUAUGCACGUGGAACCUCAGAGGUGAAAAGCUGUAUACUUGGAGCAAGAAGAACCGCACUGAGGACCUGGCCCUCUCGUCCGACGGCCGCUACCUCGUGGCUAUGGACGACGAGGUCCACGUCCACGUGUACGACUUCCCCGCGAAGACCCUGAAAUACGACAUGCCGCUGCCUUGUAGGCCUACGUCAGUGAGCAUUACCAAGGAUUCCAAGUAUCUUCUGGUCAACCUCCAGGACGGGGAGGCUAGGGUGUAUGAUAUUGCCAGCAGGACGUGCGUGCAGAAGUACAAAGGCCACAGUGGUGGCGAAUUCCUCAUUAGAAGCAAUCUGGGCGGCGCAAACGAGAAUUUUGUCGUUAGUGGUUCUGAAGAUGGAAACGUGUACAUCUGGCACAAGAACAGCGGACACGUAGUCGCAAAGCUGGAUGGUCACCGACCUAGAUGCAAUGCCGUGGCGUGGAGCCCUACUAACACGUGCCUCCUCGCAUCCUGUGGCGACGAUGGUAUUGUUAAAUUAUGGUCGAACAAGGCUCGAGUUCUUGAGCAGAGCGAGAAGCAUGCCGAGUGAGAGCGAAUGAACGAGGUAGAGGGCAGCUGUCGCCAGAAGUAGGAUUUUGGCUGGCCCGCCCACCCCAGCCCAUCCAGGGGGUCUCGAGGCCUCUACCCGGCCAGCGAAUGGUACCGCUUCAUGUCUAAGGACGGUGCAUGGGUGGGAUCCAGGCUGUCGUGAUACCAGGCGCCCAACCCUGAGCUGGCAUUCAGGCUCACAGAUGAAGGCAGGCGCUGAUUGCAUUGGUCAUUGGCCUUGUACAUACAAGUGUCUAAUCACAUUAGUUAGGAGUUUAUCUUUACCGGCGAUCCCUUUCCGCCCGUGGCGUUCAGGAGGGCUGCACAGGGGGUUAAUUAGGAACACGCGGGAACUAAGCGGCCACAGGAGUAUAAGAGCCCCUGCUCCUUGGACAGAUGGAAAGCCGUUGGCGAAAGUGGAAUACAACCGGGCCAGGAGGAUGAAUUACCGCGGAGUCUCGGAUCACAGAAGCUGGGUGGAGCAGCUAGAGUUCAUCAUUGUGAUGGGAAUGGAAUGGAGGGAGGUCCACGUGGGAUGGAAGGGGCUUCUAUACCCAUCGUGACUCACCGUCCCAAAGCCUGGGUGAUCGAGGGGUUAAGGACCUCGAUUGGGAAGUGGUCAAGUAUAGACACAUCGCAGCGUAGCCAGUUGUUUCACUGGUGAAUCCCCAAUCAUAGAAGCAUCGUGCAUCAGAUAACGAAAUCUAUUUACAUGGACUGCAA